GGCGGCUGCUGCGCGCUGCUGCGCUCGCCCCGCCGUCCCGAAGCCUCGCGCGCCGCGAUGCGCAGAGGGGUCGCACCGCACCAUGAGGCUCCGCAGCAAGGGGGCGGCGCUGCUCCUGCUCGCGCUGGCCGCGCUGCUGCUCGCGCUGCUGUCCCUUCGCGCCGGCCGCACCGAGGCCCCCGCGCGCCCCGCGCCUCCCGCGCGCCCCGCGUCCGUCCCGCAGCGCCACCCUGCGCCGGGCCCCGCGCGCUUGCCCGGCCCCGGCGACCUCCCCGGGGUUCCGGGCGCGCGGAGGCGCCGGCCCCAGCGUCCGCGCCUCCGAGCCGGCCGCCUGGGCGCCGCGAGUCUGGAGAAGUUGGCGAGGAGGCCUGGAGAAGCUAGGAAUUUCCACGCUGUGCUGCCAUCGGAGCUCUGGAUCCACUUGGCUGUGGUGGCCUGUGGCAAUCGAGUGGAGGAGACGCUGGUCAUGCUCAAGUCAGCUGUGCUCUUCAGCCACAGGAAGAUCCAAUUUCACAUCUUCACCGAAGACUCUCUGAAGCCUGAGUUUGAUAAGCAGUUACAACAGUGGCCUGACUCCUAUACGAAGAAGUUUGAGCACAGAAUCUACCCCAUCACAUUCUCUGUUGGAAACUCUCAAGAAUGGAAGAAAUUAUUCAAACCCUGUGCUGCCCAGAGACUCUUUCUUCCGGUGAUUUUAAAGGAUGUGGACUCCCUUCUCUAUGUGGACACCGACGUUCUCUUUCUGAGACCUGUCGAUGACAUCUGGAAGCUUCUGAGGCAGUUUAAUUCUACACAGCUUGCUGCCAUGGCCCCUGAGCAUGAAAUCCCCAAGAUUGGCUGGUACAGCCGCUUUGCCCGGCAUCCUUUCUAUGGCCCUGCAGGAGUUAACUCGGGAGUCAUGUUGAUGAAUUUAACUCGGAUAAGAAGCACCCAGUUCAAGAACAGCAUGAUUCCGACAGGCUUGGCUUGGGAGGACAUGCUAUACCCUCUGUACCAGAAGUACAAGAAUGCUAUCACGUGGGGAGACCAGGAUUUAUUGAAUAUUAUUUUUUAUUUCAACCCAGAGUGUCUCUAUGUAUUCCCCUGCCAGUGGAACUACCGUCCUGAUCACUGCAUGUACGGGAGCAACUGCAAGGAGGCUGAGCGGGAGGGCGUGUCUGUCCUGCAUGGGAACCGGGGCGUGUACCAUGACGACAAGCAGCCAACCUUCAGAGCGCUCUAUGAAGCCAUUCGGGAUUUUCCCUUUCAAGACAAUCUCUUUCAAUCCAUGUAUUACCCUCUCCAGCUGAAGUUUUUGGAAACUGUGCACACUCUUUGUGGACGAAUUCCACAGGUUUUCCUGAAGCAAAUUGAGAAAACAAUGAGAAGAGCCUAUGAGAAACAUGUCAUCAUCCAUGUUGGCCCCAAUCACAUGCGCUGAAUAUGUUGUCUUGUUGCAAGCCAAUUAGACAUCUUGUGACCAAGGAAACAUUAAUCUUUAUGCCGCCUGGAUCUUUUUUGUGUGAAUAUUUAAUAGAGCUCCAUGACUAUAGGGUUUUAAAAGCCUUGUUAAAUUUUGCCACAUUAGUUGUCCCUAAAAGAGAAUAUGCAUUUCUUUAUUUUUUUCUAAAAUCUUACUUAUUUCAGUUUUGGAAAAAAAAUUUUAAAACCUAUUAUUAUGCAUUUAACAUUGCUCUAGCAGGAUAAGCUCUCAGUGACAAAGAAGUUUUGAGAGCCUUCUUCUGGUGUUAUAUUUAUCUAGCAUUCCUGAGACUCUUCCUGUGCUGCAAUUGGCUCCCUCACACCCUUGUAUUAAAAUCAAUACAUAUAGGUCAGUCAGCCAAAAUCAAGAUUAGAUCAAUCAUAAUUCUACCACCCUGUGGAAAAGAUUAUUAUUGUUUUAUGGUAUUUCCUUCCAGCCUACUUUUUUUUCCCCCUACUUCUGUAUUUCCUAUUAUAAAUCUUAUUUAAAACAGGCAGUUUCAGACAUCCCCCCCAGGCCAGGAGCCUUCCCAGAGAGGAGCUGCACAGGCUCACUGGGUCCCACUGGAGGCCCGCUAUUCCAUCCCUAAGUACAUGCAGAUCCAGGGGAGCAGCUGUGUGGCUCAGACCUGCAAGGCUGCAGGCAGAUCCCAGUUGGGGGUUCACCCUGACCCCAGAGGCCAGGGUACACCUGCCCAAGCCAAAGGCCCACCCAGAAAGGGGCUGCGCGGGCACACAGGCUUCAACCGGAGGCUCUCCAUACCAUCAGCCACAGCCAGGGACCUACCUGGAGAAGAGCUGUACAGGCCCUCAAGCAAUACCCAGAGACUUGCCCCAAUACCAUUGAUAAGUGAAAGGAGACCCUAGCCAAAACCUGUGCAGA